AUGAAUAGCAAGCAGCAGGAGUCUGAUGAUUUCCUUAACGAUCUUCUAAGAAAAUCUCAGGCUACUGGAGUUCAAACUGCAACUGUGGAUCAUAAGACCCCGUUUCCAAAUAGAAUGGAAAAUACCAACGAAUUUGUAAAAUAUACUCAGUCAGAUGUAUCAGAUAUCAUAGGAGGGGAGGGUGCUUUUUUAGAAGAGUACUUCAGUGGCAAUGGGCAGGACCUUAAGCGAGGGUUUGGUACAGAUAAUCUUUUAUUUCAAGGAGGGGGGAUUCAAGGUGCUACAGGAGGGUUAAAUGGUCGGGAAAAUAACGAGGAAGGUGUCAAUAACUCAGAAACCAUAGGCUCGUUUCUGGGCUCUAGUGUUGACAGUGACUUUUUAUCUCCAGCGGGUUCAUACUACCAACAUCAGCGGUUGAACUCGCUUGAGUCACAGAGCUAUUCUCACCAAAUUAAUAAUAAUCUACGCUCUCCUUCUACAAGUGCACGUACUGGAGCGCAGUUUUCAGGAUCGCUCCGUGCACAGACUAUCCCUACGAUUGCUGCGAGGCACUCGUCCUUGAGCAGCAGCGUGCUGAGUACGCCUGUGGAUAAUGUGGGAGGAGCCGGGCCGACCAGCGUUGGGGCCACGAAUGGUGUUAUGGGAAACACUGCAGGCAUGACCCAAGAAGAGAAAAUGCGCCGGCGGAGGGAGUUCCAUAAUGCUGUGGAACGUCGGCGGCGUGAGCUCAUCAAAUCUAAGAUCAAAGUUCUUGGCAAGUUGGUGCCCCCGAGCCUCUUGAAUUACAAUGAAGAAGGCAAGGAGAUGCGACUUAACAAAGGGAUCAUCCUACACAAGACUGUAGAGUAUGUUGAAUACUUGAAGCAGGUCUUGGAGGUGCAAGAACGCAAGAAAAUUCAGCUACAAAACAAGGUGAUCAGUCUGGAACAGCGCCGUUGUGAGCUUCAGAAGCAGGCAAUUUUGCCUCAAGAAUCGGAACACUCCGAUUUCGGCGAUACUUCUUCUCCAGAACAGAUCAUCGAUAGCAGAGUGGUCCCACAGGCUACAAGAGAAUUUAAUAGCGCAUUGCUACAGACUACACGGGAUGUCAGCAAUACGGCGCUGCAGGCGGCAAAAGAACCUCCCGUCAUUGUUGAUGACGGUUUAUUGCCGUUGCCGGACGACCUACAUCAAUUUUUAUCGGGAAGUCAGAUGGAACGCGAGGACAACACAAGACUCAUGUUCAACGCUGGCUCCGAAAACCCCACCGGUUCCCUCCUGCACUUCGAAACUUAG